UUUUAUUUUUAUUUGAAUCGUUUAUAUCAUAUAUUUCGAAUAUAAAAACGUAUCAGGUAGAUAAAGAUUUUGGAUUUCGUAAACGUUAUGUUUUAGCUAUUUCAAAAUGCUGCUCUGACUUUUUCGUCUUGUUUUGAGCAUCAGCACUGAGGACCUCAUCGCUAUCCAACACUGAUCGUUUGUAUGCGUGGGCGGGAGACACUUUCCCACAGCUGGUCGAAUAAUAAAUAAGCAUGGUUGGGAAAAUGUUUGUCUAUGGCCAGUCAGCGUUAGUCCUAACCCUUACGCCAUGUCCGAGCGACGAGGAGUGCACGAGAUACCCAGGGACUACCAGCCAGUGCCCAGAGAACAGGACGAACCAACUCCAGUGACUAAAUCCUGCUGCUGGCGUCCUAAUUGCAAUUUUGUGUUCCAGCAUGAGCGAAAACUUUGCUGCUGCAGUCACGGCUACAUCAUUCCCGUGUUUAUACUCUUUGUUCUGGUCAUGAUUGUACUUAUGUUGCCUUGGGAGACCUUCCACCGAAAUGAGAACGCAAACACCCCCGUUUCCGUGGAGACCCCGUUGCCAUGUCAACUCGAACUGGUGGAGAGUCUGCCAGUGGGAUUGAACUACAGCCAAAGGGAAAUCCACCCCAAACUAAAGAGCACCUUUGAGUCCUGGCAGUGGCUGCAGGGCAGGGCAAGGACCUCGCUGGACAUAGUGUCCCCGCACUGGACAUUACGUGGGUUAAAUGUAAACGAUAGCAGCACUGGUCCCGGUGAACACCUUUUUCAGCGGCUACUAUCCAAUGGAGAUGUUGGGAGACCCAAGUUGCGACUGCGGAUUGUACUUAAUCGUAAUCAGGACAGUUUGUGGCAUGCCGAUGCUCGCAUCCUGUCUAACUAUGGAGCAGCUGAUGUCGUGGGCAUCAAUUAUUUGCAAUCUAAGCUCUGGCUGGUGGACGGGGAGCAUUUCUACUUGGGCAGCGCGAGCAUGGAUUGGCGAUCGCUAACUCAACGAAAAGAACUUGGUGUAUUGGCCAGAAAUUGUCCUCAUCUGGCCCAAGAUCUGUCAAAAAUCGUUAAAGCAUAUUGGUACCUGGGUAACAAUGAGGUGCCGGAGUACUGGCCUUGGAUGUACCAAACGCACAUUAAUCAGAGAAGACCCCUUUUGCUAAGCAUAAGCAAAAACCAUACAAUGCGAGCCUAUAUAGCUAGUUCACCACCAAGACUUGCAGCCACUGGAAGGAGUCACGAACUAGAUGCUAUAAUAGAAGCUAUCGAUAAGGCCACUGAGUUCAUAAGCCUUUCUCUUAUGGACUACUCACCUCAGCUUAGGCGCAGUAAUAAACUAGAAUAUUGGCCAUUAAUAGACAAUGCGCUACGUAAAGCUACCUUGGAGCGGGGUGUGGCCGUCAAGCUGCUAGUUUCCUGGUGGAAAUACUCGGAUCCCAGCGAGGAUCACUUCUUAAGGUCCUUACAGGCCCUUAACAAAAUAAGGGAGGAAGUGGAUAUACAAAUGCGUCGCUUUGUGGUGCCAACCACGGAUGAGCUGGAUAGGGUUUCCGGUGGAAGAGUAAGCUGCAAUUCGUACUUGGUUACCGAUACUGUUGCCGUUAUUGGCACUUCCAGCUGGUCGGGGGAGCAUUUCACCUACUCUGCCGGCGUUGGAUUAGUUCUCCAGGAUAUGGACUACAAUAACAACAGUGUGCGCACUGAUUUGCUGGAAAUUUUCCAGAGAGAUUGGUUUAGUCCUUAUGCACUGCCGUUAAUACCAAAUUUAAGAAUUUGAA